AUGCAGAAGAACCAUGAGAAACCUGAGGAUCGUGCCAAUAGAAACCUCACAGUGUCCAACAAGGACAAGUGCCCAUCUCCAUGGUGCAGACCAGGAACUUGCUGGCUGAGGAGCAGCCCUGCUGGGAAGCACCUGGGAGUGGUGGUGGGUGCCAAGCUGGACAUGAGCCAGCAGCAUGUGUUCAUUGCAAACAAGGCAGCUGUGCUCUGUGGAGCGAGACAGGUCGAUGGACGCUGGUACCCUCCCCUUCCUGGCACUGUUUAUUUCCGUGAAGCCAGUACUUGCGCAGUGAACACUUCUGAAAGCGUUAUAAAACCCCUUACUUUUGAACAGAUUAUUGUUGGUAAAUACAGUAACUCCAAAGAAAAAUGCAAACCUGAUACUGUGAAUGCUAACACUUCAAUAGCAAUCCAGAUGUGUUCCAGAGAAGGAAGAACUCCUACUCUAGAGCCCUGCCCCCUCCCCCCCCCCCCCCCAAUUCUGAAUUGUAAUAAAAAUCUGGACUCCCUAGCCUCACAGCUGCAGAUUUCAGCAACUUCUUGGCUAAUUGCAAGCAGCACACAAACCCUCAUCCCCACGCCAGAGCAGCUGCCCACACAGAACAUCUCGGCUGCUGCCAGCGGCGCGGGGCAGAUUCCAAACAAGCCAAAUGUUUCAGGAGACUCUCAGGCAUCUGUGGCAGUGAUGGCUGCAGUGAGUUAACUCUUGGAUGCCAACGAAACAGAAUUCAAGCACAAUAAUCUUGUCAAUGUUACAAGCAGCCUCAUGAAAACAAUGGAGUAAUUUUCUUUGAGUGGCACCAUUUCACAGCCAAACAUUGCAAUCCAGUCUGCUCCACUGAAAUUAAGCUCCUCUACAAUUCUGUUUUUGGCAUAGCGAAGUAAGUCUGUGUGUGUUGUUGGAUUUACCUGGACAAGGCGGUAUGUACCA